AUGCAGCAGCGUUCGCCGUUUCCUCCAAGAGUCUCUCGACUAAUCCCUCGCAAAUUCCGUCCGAAACGAGUGAAAGAAAUCGCGGGCCCGGUCGGCCUGCUCGCUGCAUAUUCUGCCAUCUUGCGGGGCGCUUCUAAGGUGUACUCAGUCGACCGCGUACCUAUACGCCUCGAACGCGCUACUUCGAUAGGCGCUAUCCCGAUCAACUUCUACGAAGCCGACCCGGUCGAGCAGAUUCUCGCAUACGAGCUACAGGGCGUUAUUCGAUCCGUCGACUGCGUGGGCUACGAGGCGGUCAACGCCCAGGGGAACAUCGAGCAGGACAUUGUGGUGCGGAACAUGAUCGCGGUGACGGCUCCGCAGGGUGUCAUGGGGCAGGUCGGGCUCUGGUUCGAGACGAACGGCACUGAAGCUCAGCCCAUGAACAAUAGCAUCAGCCUCCCUCUCUCCGACUUCUUCAUGAAGAACCUGGGCUUCCGGGCCGGUGUUGUCGAUCCGAAGCCAUUAGCCAGACAGCUUGUGGACCUCAUCUCCAGCAGCCGGGCGAGCCCUCACUUUAUCACCACGUCCGAAAUCUCUAUUGAGGAGGCGCCUGAAUACUACGCUAGGUUUGACCAGCAAGAGGAAAUCAAAGUUUGGAUCCGCUCCCCUUAG